AUGAUUGAGUGGCAAGGAGAUGAACGUGUAUUCUUUAGCACUAUGAAAUUGGUGAAGAGCAUUGACCUGUCAAGCAACAAAUUAUCAGGGCAAAUCCCAUAUGAAAUCACCAAUCUUUCUGACUUAAUUGCCCUGGACUUAUCAAAGAACGCUUUAUUUGGAGAGAUUCCACAGAAAAUUGGUGAGAUGAAAAAUCUUUUGACAUUGGAUUUAUCUAGAAACAGUUUUUCAGGGAGGAUGCCAUCAAGCAUGUCUCAGAUGAGUUUACUGAAUUACCUAGACGUGUCAUUUAAUAACUUGUCAGGGAGAAUCCCAACCAGCACUCAACUCCAGUCCUUUCAAACUUCAAGAUACAAUGGAAACAUAGGACUAUGUGGACCUCCCCUUACCAAGAAAUGUCCUGGGGACGAAGGUUUAAAAGUACCACUUGUCAUUGAUGAAAGUGAAGGUGAUGAGGAAGACAUAGAUGAACUUCAUAUAUGGUUUUAUGUUGGUGGGGGCAUGGGUUUUGUUACUGGAUUUUGGAUAGCAUGUGGCGGCUUACUUCUUAACCAUCGUGGGAGAUAUGCAUUUUUUCACUUUUAUGAUAGCUUUAGAGAUUGGGUUUAUGUGAAGGUGGUGGUGUUCAUUUCAAGUUUGUAG